AACGAUAACAAAUGUUUUCUUGUCACAUUCAACUGUAAUUGGCUUGUCAAAAUUUAUUUUAUUAUAAUAAAACAAUUCUUGGCAGAUUUGUGAUUUCCAAGAUGGUCUGUAUUCCGUGCAUUAUGGUUCCACUGGUGUUGUACAUUUGGCACAAGUUUGUGCAGCCAAUAAUGCUGCGCUACUGGAAUCCCUGGGCCAAGAAGGACGCUGCGGGCAAUGUUAUCAAGCAGGAGCCGCCACAGUCUCCCUUCCAAUGCGUUGGUGGCACUUGUCGCUUUGUGCGUCGUGGAGCAAAAGCCAAAGAGCUGCCAAUUGACGUUGCAAGAGAUGAGCCCGUCAAGGAUUUGCAGAAAUCUUGAAAAAUCAACAUUAGCCAAAUUGAUUUUAAGCAAAUUACCAUUGUUUAUUUCUUUGUGGCUUUGGUUUUAUCUAUGAGUAUAAAAAUACAAACCUAAUAUUUUAUU